CAAGUUAAAAAAAAUGAAGAGCGACUACAGAGGUAUAAAGGACCACAACAGCCGGAGUGGUUCAAACAGGCGGUCGUGGAAGUGGUUCGACCAAAUGGACGCAAUCUACGGAGGCAGACCAACGAGCAAAGGAAGGGAGGGUGCCCUGGACUCGGCCACGCCAUUGUUGUUGGAGAACACGAUCGAGGAUGACUCAUUGUCCACGAUCGAUUCACUUGCACUUUCUACAUGCAACGACGACGACUCCUCUUCCCAAGCGGUGCUAGCAGCGUCUCCACCACGCCCGCCAACACCAUCGGCCUCCAGCUGCACGACGACACCGCAGCGUGUGUUAACGGGCAAGAGGAAACGGAGCCUGCACCAUCAGGAACAUCUUGCUGCAUUAAGAGAGAUGCAGGUGGCAGACAUUGAGCAGCAGGAGCUGAACCGUGCCCAGAGGGAGCGGCACUUGCAGAUGGCACUGGAAGAGGCCAAACAAGCGAGGGAGCAGGAAGCGGCCUUGAGGGCAGAGGAACACUCUCAGACGGCUGCUUUCAAUCAAGCAUUCCUCAAUGUUAUGGGUAUGCUUGUCCAGGCAAUGAGUGGCCGACGGGAAGAAAACUCUCUCGCUGACUAA